AUGGCCAAAAUCAAGUCCAUCGAAUACUUCCGCGUCCUCCCCCGCUGGCUCUUCGUCAAGGUCGUCGACGAAGAAGGUCAAUAUGGCUGGGGUGAGAGCACCCUCGAGGGUCAUACCGAAGCUAUCGAAGGAACAUUGAAUGCCCUGUGCAAGCGUUUCAUCGGAUACGAGGCAGAUGAGAUUGAACAUAUCUGGCAGAUGGCUUGGCGGCUAGGUUUUUACCGUGGGGGUGCCGUCUUCAUGUCCGCCAUCUCUGGUAUCGACAUUGCCCUCUGGGAUCUCAAGGGCCGCCGACUCGGCGUCCCCGUCCACCAGCUGCUGGGCGGCAAGGUGCGCCACAAACUCUCCGUCUACGCCUGGAUUGGCGGGGACCGGCCUUCGGACGUCGAAGUGGCCGGCAGAGCACGUCUCGCGCAAGGCUUCAAAGCCAUCAAGAUGAACGCCACCGAGGACGUGAACUGGCUGGAUUCGCCGAGCGUGUUGGAUUCCAGCGUGGAACGCCUCAAGGCCGUCAAGGCCCUCGGGCUGGAUGCGGCCCUUGACUUCCACGGCCGUCUGCACAAGCCCAUGGCCAAACAGCUCGCCAAGGCCCUCGAGCCCUACCGUCCGCUCUUCCUGGAGGAACCCCUGCUCUCGGAACAUCCCGAGGCCAUCAAGCAGCUCGCCGACCAGGUCUCAUGCCCCAUUGCCUUGGGCGAGCGGCUCUACAGUCGCUGGGAUGUGAAGCGAUUCCUGGAAGACGGGAGCGUCGACGUCCUCCAGCCUGAUAUCAGUCACUGCGGCGGCAUCUCCGAGCUGCGCCGCAUUGCCUCCAUGGCCGAAACGUACGACGUAGCCAUCGCUCCUCAUUGCCCGCUUGGCCCCAUCGCCCUGGCGGCGUGUAUGCAGGUGGACCUCGCGACCCCGAACUUUGUCAUCCAGGAGAUGAGUCUUGGAAUCCACUACAACACGGAGGCCGGCGACUACGAUAUCACCACGUAUGUCAAGGACCCGAGCGUGUUCGACGUCAAAGAUGGCUUUGUCGAUGCUCUCACGAAGCCUGGACUGGGAAUUGAGAUCGACGAGGAGACCGUCCGCCGGGUGGCACAGAAUACCGAGCCCUGGCAGCCCAAAGAGUUUUUCGGACCCGACGGCGGGAUCCGUGAGUGGUAG